CCAGGCGACUGUCUCUCGGAGACCGCGCGCUCCUUUCCGGCGCGAGGGCCCGCCUGUGCCAGGGGCAGGCCCGCCUGGGGCCGGACGAGCGGCUUGGUGGCCUCGGGGUCCCGGCAUCGCGUGAGCGCCGCCCCUCCGGGCUUCGGUUCCCGCGUCCGUAACCCGUAACCCGGGGGCGAGAACAGGGCCUCGGGGCCGCACAGCGCGCAAGCCCCUGGCGCACGGCUGACGCCGGGUGGGCCUGACGCACUCUGGGCCCCAGCGCAGCGGGCAAGGCCCCGGGGUCGCUGCGAUGGACUCGCUGGCGGCACCCCAGGACCGCCUGGUGGAGCAGCUGCUGUCGCCGCGGACCCAGGCCCAGAGGCGGCUCAAGCCAGCCACCCCCGCGGCUGGAUCGGGGCCAGACGGGGCCUCCCACCCCUUACACUCGGGAGGGGACAUCGACAAGCAGUACGUGGGCUUCGCCACACUGCCCAAUCAGGUGCACCGCAAGUCUGUGAAGAAGGGCUUCGACUUCACACUCAUGGUGGCGGGGGAGUCGGGCCUAGGGAAGUCCACACUGGUCCACAGCCUCUUCCUGACUGACUUGUACAAGGAGCGGAAGCUGCUCAGUGCUGAGGAGCGCAUCAGCCAGACGGUCGAGAUCCUGAAGCACACGGUGGACAUUGAGGAGAAGGGGGUCAAGCUGAAGCUUACCAUUGUGGACACGCCAGGCUUCGGGGACGCCGUCAACAACUCUGAGUGCUGGAAGCCCAUCACCGACUACGUGGACCAGCAGUUUGAGCAGUAUUUCCGGGACGAGAGCGGCCUCAACCGCAAGAACAUCCAGGACAACCGUGUGCACUGCUGCUUGUACUUCAUUUCCCCUUUUGGGCACGGCCUGCGGCCAGUGGACGUGGGCUUCAUGAAAGCCCUGCAUGAGAAGGUGAACAUCGUGCCCCUCAUCGCCAAAGCCGACUGUCUCGUCCCCGGUGAGAUCCGGAAGCUGAAGGAGCGGAUCCGGGAGGAGAUCGACAAGUUUGGGAUCCACGUGUACCAGUUUCCUGAGUGUGACUCGGAUGAGGACGAGGACUUCAAGCAGCAGGACCGGGAACUGAAGGAGAGCGCACCCUUCGCUGUUAUCGGCAGCAACACGGUGGUGGAGGCCAAGGGGCAGCGGGUCCGGGGGCGUCUGUACCCCUGGGGGAUCGUGGAGGUGGAGAACCAGGCACACUGCGACUUCGUGAAGCUUCGCAACAUGCUCAUCCGUACACACAUGCAUGACCUCAAGGACGUGACGUGCGACGUGCACUACGAAAACUACCGAGCGCACUGCAUCCAGCAGAUGACCAGCAAACUGACGCAGGACAGCCGCAUGGAGAGCCCCAUCCCCAUCCUGCCACUGCCAACCCCCGAUGCUGAGACGGAGAAGCUCAUCAGGAUGAAGGAUGAGGAGCUAAGGCGCAUGCAGGAGAUGCUGCAGAAAAUGAAGCAGCAAAUGCAGGACCAGUGACCCCACCACAGCCCCACUUUGCCAUGGAUAUACUGCCAGUUUCCAGGCUGGCCCUUCCCACCCCUGGACCCCGACUGGCCUGGACUCGACCUUGGAUUCGUCUGGAUCGCCAACAGGCCUGGACACAACCCCAAUUCCAGAGUGGCCCAGACCUGGACUUUUCCCUACUGUUCCUGAACUGACCCAGAGACGCGGGGUCGCAGCCCCCAGCCAACCCUAAUUUAUUCUAAGCAUCAGCCCCUCCCCUCAUUUGUAUCUGCUUCCAACGGGCCUGGACAAUGGCCCCUACAACCAGCCCUCUCUGGCCUUGGGGGAGCAGGAGCUAAGUUGGGUGGUGACUUCUGAGAUCCCCCCCCAACCCAGAAGGUCACAGUACUUAGAUUCCACGCCCUACUCAGAUGGGCGGGUAAACCAAGGCAGAAUAGGGGAGCAGAUCCGUGGGAUCCUGGGCCUAUUCCCUACCCAGUGCUGCAGAGUGAACUUGGGAGCACUCACUUUGUGCUGAGGUGGGCCAGGUCCUUCUUACCUCCUCACCCACUCACCAGGUAGCUCAGAGGGCAGGUUGGACAGCCGAAGCAAUCAGGAUCCCUCCAGACCUUAGGAGGCCAGCUGGCUGCUGGGGAGGAAUAAUGGGGCUGGGAUGCUUGUGAAUGCCUCCGCCCCUCCCCCACGGCCACGGCCCGGCUCCAGGAGCAGUGGGUGGUGGGCAAACUGGCAACCCCCAUCCCUGGACCACCUUUCCCUGUUGGUCGCUGGAGGCCUGUUCCCCCCAGCAGCACUGCUGCCCCGGAUUCCUGAGCCCUUGGUCCCCCAUCCCUCCACCCGCAUGAUCCCUGUCCCCAAGCCCCAUUCUCCAGUUUGUUCAGUUGUGAAUGCUGCAUCCUGUCCUGGUGACAGGAGAACAAUGUUGGUGAA